AAUCGGUGCACGUGAGCGGCAGCAUGGCGGCUCAUCGCUCUGGCCCGCUUAAGCAGCAGAAUAAAGCUCAUAAAGGCGGGCGGCAUCGGGGUCGGGGAUCCGCGCAGCGGGACGGCAAGGGCCGUCUAGCACUGAAAACCCUGAGCAAGAAGGUGAGAAAAGAUCUCAGCAAAGUGGACCAGAGGCAUCGCGCCAGUCAGCUCCGAAAACAGAAGAAGGAGGCGGUUUUGGCAGAAAAGAGACAGCUCGGCAGCAAGGAUGGCCCUCCUCAUCAGGUACUGGUGGUUCCCCUGCACAACAGGAUUUCCCUGCCAGAGGCCUUUCGACUGCUUCAGGAUAGGGACACUGGAACAGUACACUUGAAUGAAUGGGGAAGCACCCAUAGCUUUACGCUGUUAUGCCCCCGCUUGAAACAUCGGUGGUUUUUUACAUCUGCAAGGCCAGGGGAUCUGCAUGCUGUGUUAGACAUGGCUAAAGUGGCUGAUACCAUCCUUUUCCUCCUUGAUCCACUAGAAGGCUGGGAUAGCACUGGGGAUUACUGCCUUUCCUGCCUCUUUGCUCAGGGCCUUCCCACCUAUACAUUAGCUGUCCAGGGGGUUUUGGGCCUCCCACUGAAGAAACAAACAGAUGUCAGGAAGAAGCUAAGUAAAGCAGUGGAGAAGCGCUUUCCUGAUAACAAACUCCUGCUGUUAGACACUCAACAGGAGGCAGGGAUGCUGCUCAGGCAGUUGGCUAACCAAAAGCAACGGCAUCUUGCCUUUCGAGAUCGGCACGCCUACCUGUUUGCUCAUGCUGCUGACUUUGUGCCUAGUGAAGAGAAUAACUUGGUGGGCACCUUGAAGAUCUCAGGCUAUGUUCGUGGGCAGCCUCUGAACGUAAAUAGCUUGCUGCAUAUCAUUGGACAUGGUGAUUUCCAGAUGAAACAGAUAGAUGCCCCUAGGGACCCUUUCCCUUUAAAUCCUAGAGUGAUCAAAUCCCCAGAGGACCCAGGCAUGGCAAUGGAGAUUUGUGCUACAGAUGCUGUAGCUGAUAUGGAGGAAGAUCUGAAGGUCCUAAUGAAGGCAGACCCUGACAGACAAGAAUCUUUGCAAACAGAGGUUAUCCCAGAUCCAAUGGAGGGGGAACAGACCUGGCCCACGGAGGAGGAGCUGAGUGCAGCAAAUGACUUACUGAAGGAAACUUCCAAGGUAGUAAAGAAGGUUCCCAAAGGAACAUCCAGUUAUCAAGCCGAAUGGAUUUUGGAUGAGGAUGGCGAAAGUGGCGGGGAAGGAGAUGAGUAUGAUGAUAUAGAACGUGAGGAUUUUAUGGAAGAGGAAUCUCAGGAUGAGGGUAGUGAAAAGGAAGAAGAGGAGGAAUGUGAAACUGUGACUAUAGGAGAGUCCGUGCCUGAUGAUCUGUAUGAUGAGAAGGUGGAUGAAGAGGCUGAGGAAAAAAUGCUGGAGAAAUAUAAACAAGAAAGACUGGAAGAGAUGUUUCCAGAUGAAGUAGAUACCCCCCGUGACGUGGCUGCUAGAAUUCGAUUUCAGAAAUACAGAGGCCUCAAGAGCUUCCGGACAUCUCCAUGGGAUCCUAAGGAAAACCUCCCUCGAGAUUAUGCUCGGAUCUUUCAGUUUCAGAACUUUAUUAAUACUAGGAGACGCAUCUUUAAAGAGAUUGAAGAAAAAGAGGCUGAAGGAGCUGAGGUUGGCUGGUAUGUCACACUUCAUGUCUCUGAAGUCCCUGUCUCAGUGGUUGAGCACUUCAAGCGAGGUGCACCCUUGAUUGCAUUUUCUUUACUACCUCAUGAACAGAAGAUGUCAGUACUUAAUAUGGUGGUGAGCCGGCACCCUGGCAACACUGAACCUGUGAAAGCUAAAGAGGAGCUGAUCUUCCACUGUGGAUUCAGGCGCUUCCGAGCCUCACCUUUAUUCUCUCAGCACACUGCAGCGGACAAACAUAAAUUUCAGAGAUUCCUGACUGCUGACUUGGCUCUGGUGGUGACAGUAUAUGCCCCUAUCACUUUUCCUCCUGCAUCUGUGCUGCUUUUCAAACAGAACAGCAAUGGAAUGCACAGCCUCAUUGCCACAGGCCAUCUAUUGUCAGUGGAUCCGGACAGAAUGGUCAUCAAGAGAGCUGUUCUGAGUGGUCAUCCUUUCAAAGUUUUUACUAAGACGGCAGUGGUGCGUUACAUGUUUUUCAACAGAGAGGAUGUGCUGUGGUUUAAACCGGUGGAACUGAGAACAAAGUGGGGCCGUAGGGGACACAUCAAGGAGCCUUUAGGUACUCACGGCCACAUGAAGUGCAGUUUUGAUGGGAAGCUAAAAUCUCAGGACACAGUACUGAUGAACCUCUAUAAAAGGGUUUUCCCCAAAUGGACUUAUGAUCCAUAUGUACCAGAACCAGUACGUUGGGUGAAAAGUGAGAUUUCUUCAACAGUGCCUGAAAUGGACGUGGAAUAAUGGAUUCAGUGGGAUUCUGUCUCAUUGCUACUGGUUAGCACUCUAGGGUUGGGAGCCUGUAGGUUGUGAUUGGGCAGUUUAUGUUUUCUACUUAAGCCUAGUUAAGGUCUCCAAGGUCUCCUGCUCCUUUUAGCAGAAGACUUUUCUUGGCCUUGACAAGGUAUCUCAGUUACGUAUGGAUGUUUUUCUGUUGCAACUUAGU